GUGAGAAAGUCAGCCAAACUCGAACACAAAUGGCAUCAAACGACGAAUCGGAAACUACACAGUCAAGUCUUAGCACAGACUCAGAACGCUCGUCUUCUGCACGAAAAGAAACCUGUUCAUGCCAUUUUGGGACCAAAGGAACAGCUGAUUCCUCUAGACUUCACCGCGGUUCGAGGGACACUCUCUUGCCAUCACUCGAAGGGGAGACUUCUUCCAGGACUCAUUCUUCUCCGGUAUACACCGCAAUUUCGACGCCUCCAUCAGGAAGGUCCUCAACGGCUGGAAUGACGCCGACCUCCAGCUGGCGGACUUCUGGGACGAUGACGACUUCCACCGCAGCGACAGACUGGGCCGCUACAGACAGCUGCGAUCGCGGAACCUGUGGAGUGACAACCAGGCCGUUACAGUCACUUCGGAUAAUAUUAGUUACAAGAUCGUGUUGGACAUGCAUGACUUUGGAUGGAGAUGUGAAGGUGAAGCUGAUGGGCGAAAAGGAGCUGCUGGUGGAGGCCCUUUCGGCCGGGUCCUCGCGCACCUUCAGACGCAGCUUUUCCUUGCCUGAGUCCACUGACAUGACAUCCAUCACGCCUGUCAUGUCGUCAGAUGGCAUCCUCACAAUCACUGUGACCAAGAAGGAGACUGAAACACAACAGAAGACGACUGUCAUCCCCAUUAGCGUCAAGGAAACGCACAAUGCAGAAGUUCACAGCUCAACUUCCUCGACGACCUCGGGAGUUUCUGAGGAAGCGCGUCUGGCCAGAGAACGUCCCACACAGCCCAACAGGAGGAACGCAAAUCCACACGAUGCCAUCAGGAGAAGAUCGACGAGAACAAGACCCAAACUGCAGCUUCCAAAUUUCCGACUCGCUGGAAGCAAAGAAACUCUUGGCAGUUCGCAAGACGAUUCCUUGGCCAUCGCGAGGAGAGGAAGCUUCUUGCAAGACUCGUUCUUCUCCGACAUUCGCCGAGACUUCGACGCCUCCGUCAGGGAAAUCUUGAAGAAAUGCGACGACUCCGACCUCACGCUGACAGGCGAUGUCAGUCACAGUGACAUCCUGAGCCGCUACAGGCAGCUUCGAUCUCGAAACAUGAGGGAAGAGAACCAGGCCUUCUGCGUCUCGUCAGACAGUGCCAGCCAAGGUCAGUCCCCUCUCUGUAUCGUGCUGGACGUGCAUGACUUCAUGCGCGGAGACGUCAAGGUGAAAGUCGUCGACGAGGAGCUGGUGGUGGAAGGGCGCGCGGAGGAGGAGGAAGGAGGGUCGUCCGUCUCGACACGGUCCUUCAGCCGCCGCUUUGCCCUGCCUCACAGCACUGACAUGACACGCAUCACUUCUGUCAUGUCUUCGGAUGGCAUCCUCACAAUAACUGCUCUCAAAACGGCAGGAGAACCACAGCAAAAACACACGCGUUAA